AUGGAGGUCUCACACUCACACUCAGAACACUGGCCGUCUCUGGGCAACCUCUUCGAUCUCAUGGUCUCAAUGUGCUUGGCCAUCCUGGAAUCGAUCAACUAUGCGGCACGUGCCAUUGGUCCACAUCUCUGGGCUGCACUUGAAUGGACUGAGCAUGUGCUCGCCGCCGCGGGAAACGCUUUACUUGCAGCAAUGCUGGUCCUUCUCUUGUGGUUCUCCAUCAUCUACCUGUGCUGCUUCACCAUCUUCAUGUUCUGCAAACUACUUCGCCGACAUCAGAGAUACCGAAACCGUGCUGAGCGCCAACCGCUACUCCCGCGACCACGCAGGCGUCAACCCUCCUGGACGCUGUCGAGUUCAAGCAGUGAGAGACGACGACCACAUGACCACCAGGCGUACAGAGACCUCUACCGAGUUGAGAUCGACAGAAGGCGUCAGGAUGUCCUUAGACGAGAACAACACAGAGCAGUCGAGACUCGCAGCCGACAAUAUCGCGAGCGAAGACUCAGGGAGGCACUCCAACAAUCCACCAGCACGCCUCUGUAUAGACAACCCCAAACCAUCAUCAGUUGGUUGCAGGCCUCUUCCAACACAACAACCCUCACCCAUUACCCGAGCUACGGCACUCUUCCGACCAGGGGGAUUCAAGGACAUCCCGAACGACGUGCCGAUCCACCACCGCCGUACUCGCAGAACUUGAAGGACCAGCCACCACGGUACUCGGGUCCCAGAAACGACUUGCCGCCUUCUUACGAUUAA